ACUCUGGGACUGCGCUCGUAGCUGGCGCGUCUGUCUGCUGGCGCUGCCUGUCGCAACUGGUAAACGGCUUCCCAUCUUUGCCGCAAGCCACCGGGGCGCCCUCUGCCCAGCUUUCCUGGCUACGUGGAGAGAGGGGGCACACACAUAAGAUCUUUGGCUUUCCCCUGCCUAGGUGAAUUGGUGGCUGCCUGCGGCUGUUGCUCCCAAGCACCUGGACGGCGGAGUGAUGUGCUGAGACUGGAUUGACCGGAACCCAAACCCAGCAGAGCCUGAAUUGUUUUGGGAUAUCCCCUUACCCAGGUCUGAUGCCCGCGACCUGCGACCGCUCAUGUGAUUGCCACCAUGGCCCGAAUGUGGAACGGGGCAAGUGGUAUGGGGUCCAUUCCUACCUACAUCUGUUCUAUGAGGACUGCACCAGCGCUUGUCCACAUGAAAACCCUGAGCCGGCUGCUUGCAGUGGGUGGAAGUCUGUCCUCUGGAAGGCGUUCCUCUCUGCUGGGACUCUCCUGCUGCUGAUCGGAGCUGCUGCCGUGGCCACCGGCUUCCUCCUCCCCUCUAAGCUGGAAGAAAUUGGUGCAGAAGAGUUCAUGGUGCUAGACCAGCAAGCCGUUGCGUAUAACCGUGCCCUGGGGGUUUGCCGAGCAGUGGGAAUAGUCCUGUGCACCAUUGCUGGGGCCCUGCUGGUCGCCUGUGUCCUGACUUCCACCCUGGCCAGAGUGGAUACAAGAAGGAAGCAGGGAGAGGAAGAAGAGGCUGAGGAAGAGCUACUGCCGGAGAAUCCCCCUGGGAAAGAGAGCCCCGUUGGUUCAGCAUCUCUGCUGCCACUCAGAGCUUCUUGGGUGCAGAACAUCCAGCCAAAGACAGAGACAAAAUUGCAACCAGGUCCUUCUGGGAGCGCCUCAUAAGCCCCACCCUGCAAGCUAUAAUCCCACCGCUGCCACCACGUAAUGGAAGCUAGCGCUGACCGAGAGAGAGGGGACACCAAAGUCUCCGUUACACAAGCACUACUCUGGCCUGACUGCAGUGCUGGCUAGGGGCUGUGGUUCAGUGGUAAAGCAUUUGUUCUGCACACAGAAGGUCUUGGGUUCAAUCCCCAGGGGCCCCAGUUGAAAAGACGAGGCAGGAGAUACUGAGAAAGACCUCUGCCUGAGAUCUGGGAGAGCUGCUGCCGGC